AUGAACGUUUCAUCAUUUGCCAUCUUGUUCAUAUUAAACAGCGUUAACUGCUCAGUCAAUAUGCUAUUGUUCUGGGGAUACCCGGAUUCUGGAACUGAAAAUUGUGUUUCUCACUCUUCAGUUAUCACAUUUGAAAUAUGUAUGAAUUUGUGUUUGAACAGUUAUCCGUGCAUGAUAGCGUAUGGAAACGAAAACAGUUGUACUUUUUGUAACGCUCAUGUUAUCAAUUCCAUAACACAAUCGGAUUCUUCAUCUGGUUCAAAAAUUGGAAUAAAAGUUGACCCCCAGAAUGCGUGCCCCAAAGAUGUUCAAACUACAGAAUACGUUAAAACGGAUGGCAAUGAUGGCUACACAUUGUCAUUUUCCAAUCCAUCUUGGACAAUCACAUACCAACAAAAGUGUAUUGAUAAUACAUGGACUAUGUUUUUGACGCCAGCCGUCUCUAAUGUGCAUGAAAGUGUUCUACACUGGCCCGAUUAAUAUCGAAAACGCUGAAAACGCUUGCAAUGCUUUCGGAACCAAUUAUAUGUUGUUUGGAAUGCAGCCGAUUAAAGAGCAAAGUGCACCACUUGCAAGCGUGGAUCACACAUCAAUUUUGAUAACUGGAAUGUUUAUGGGUGAAUGUUUCACUAAUUCCGUAGACGAUGGUGAAAACGCUUAUUCCUGUGUUGGACCUGCAAUUUAA